AAUACGACCGUUGGGAUGUGCAACUCUCCUGGCUACAUUCAAAUUUCAAAACUUAAAAAAAACCUCAUCGUAAGCAAAAAAGCUUGCUAUGUUUCUCGCAAAUCAUCACUCAUAGCUUAGAAUUACGCUCCCAAUUACAUUGGAAUCUGAGCUAUUACUUAUAAAUCUCAUUGAUUGAAUGAUUUCCUCCCUAAAAUCCUCCAUAACCCAUAUAACCAAUCCCUCAUUUUUGUCCGAACAAUGAAAGAGUUGAACUCAAAACCUAAAGAAUACUCUCUUAGAACAAAAAAAUCCAAAUUUUCUGAUCAAAAUGAGCCACCCAAGAAUUCAAAUAUAGGGUUAGGAAGCAAUUCUUCGUCUAAAUUGAAAUCGGCGUCUAUAUGGGGUUCUAAUAUUGUGAAGGGUUUAUCGGGUUCUGGGGAUAGAAAAAGCAAAAUCCAGUCAACAACAAUGAACAAAUUGAUUGAUGGAAAACCUAAUUCGAAGGUAAAGCUAAAAAGGGGUGGAAUAAUUAGUGAUUUAUCUUGCUCUGUUACAGGAACCCAAAUUCAUCCUCAUGGUAGUAGUAUGAAUAAGUCUCAAGAUUUGUUUGUUGAGAUUGAAAAUUUGAGAGCCCUAUUGAAUGAAUCAAAGCAAAGGGAGUUUAGGAAUGCGAAUUUGAAUUUGGAAUUAGAAAGAGAGGUUAAAGCAAAGCAAAAUGAGAUUGAUAGCUUAAAUAGGAAAAUUAGGGUUUUAGAAUCUGAGAAAAUUGAUUUUAAGAAUGGGUAUGGAAGUUUAGAGAAGGUGGGAUUGGGGAAAGGGAAUAAGAAUAGUGUUCAAAUGGAAGUGCUUCAACUAAGAAGGUUAAAUAAAGAACUUCAACUUCAGAAGAGAAAUCUUUCUGCAAAAGUUGCUUCUUUGGAGUCUCAGUUGUCCAAUUUUUCUGAGAGUGAAGUAAUGAGGAAAAUCAAAGCUGAAUCAUCACUAUUGAGGAGUAAAAAUGAAGAUUUAUCAAAACAAGUGGAAGGAUUGCAGAUGAGCAGAUUGAAUGAGGUUGAAGAACUAGCUUACUUGAGAUGGAUUAAUGCACAAUUACGCAAUGAACUUCAAAACCCGCAUUCGAGUGAUUUCCCCGAUAGGGAAAGUAAUGAACUCGAGGAGGAUGAUAGUACAAAGAAAUUGAGGGGAGUAAACAAGAUAAAUCAAUGGGCUAUGACAAAAAAAGACGAUUUUUCGAGUGUACAAGAGAGCGAUUCAGGAGGAAGAAGACAUUCAAUAAGUGGAUCAAAGUGUUGUGAUGAAGAUUUGGUUUUAGAUAAGAGGAGACAAUCAGAUGGGUUUAUGUGCACUAAACUUGUAGACUGUAAUAAGGGAGGAUUGGAGGAUGAAGUCGAAAGUAAUCAAGUUAUGGCCACGCCCCCGCCGCCUAUAGAAGUUGUUAAGAGGGCCUUAAGGAUACCGAAUCCUCCACCAAGGCCUUCAUCGGCUGAUUCUAAUGAACUAAAAGAAGGUGGUCAUAGUCAUAGUCAGGCUCGAGUGGCACCUCCGCCACCGCCUCCUCCACCUCCACCCCCACCUCCGCUUCCUCAAAGAUUUUCCGCAGGGAGUAAUGCAGGAGCCGUGCAGCGCGCACCUCAAGUUGUUGAGUUUUAUCAUUCACUAAUGAAGAGAGACACGCGUAGAGAUUCAACUGGAGGAGCCAUUUGUGAGUCCCCUAAUUUAUCAAGUGUUCGAAGCAACAUGAUCGGAGAAAUUGAGAACCGUUCGUCGUAUUUGCUCGCUAUCAAAGCAGAUGUUGAGAUUCAAGGAGAAUUUGUCAAUUCAUUGAUUAGAGAAGUAAACAAUGCAGUGUACAAAAACAUAGAUGAUGUUGUCGAAUUCGUCAAGUGGCUCGAUGAUGAACUGUGCUUCCUAGUGGAUGAACGAGCCGUCUUAAAGCACUUUGAUUGGCCUGAAAAAAAAGCUGAUACGUUGCGAGAAGCUGCAUUCGGGUACAAAGAUUUGAAGAAGUUGGAGUCUGAAGUUGCUUAUUAUCAUGAUGAUCCUCAAUUGCCCUGUGACGAUGCCCUCAGGAAGAUGGUUUCCUUAUCAGAAAAGAUCGAGCGUACGAUCUACAAUGUUCUUCGAACAAGGGAAUCGUUAAUGCGAAGUUGUAAAGAAUUCCAAAUUCCUACAGAUUGGAUGCUUGAUAGUGGUAUAUUGAGCAAGGUGAAACUUGGGUCUUUGAAAUUAGCAAAACAAUAUAUGAACAGAGUGGCUACAGAACUCCAAUCGAGAUCAUCAUCUGAGAAAGAUGUUGCUAUGGAUUACAUGCUUCUUCAAGGAGUGAGAUUUGCCUUCAGAAUUCAUCAGUUUGCCGGAGGAUUUGAUGCGGAAACAAUGCAAGCAUUCGAACAACUACGAAGACUAGCACAUGCACUAGACAAACCAUAUUAAGAGUAUACAAGUUGGUAUAAAGUUUUGCGGAGUUGUGAUAUCAUAAGCGUUUUGUGGAGUUCAUGCUGAAAGACUUUCGAGGUGGUUUUAAGCAUAUACAAGGUGUUCAAUCGCAUAGAGCCCUAUAAAUUUAGGGCCCUUAAAUAUCAGUCGAUGUUAGUUUACACUAACUUUGACUUGGUUUGAUUACUUGUGUUUAGGCCCUAAAAUUAUGAAAAAAAUAUAUAAAACAUAUAAGACUUUCAAAUUAGUGUAUAUUUUUUGCUCUUCUCUCUGUCGCAUAUGUACAUUAUGCCCACUUGAACUAGGCCUAAAAAUCAUUUUGCGGAUUAGAGUUGGUAAUUUUCCAAGUCUUUGAAUGAGCUUAUUUACAAAAUAAUACAUUUUUUUAUCCUAAA